AUGCCUUCAUACGUAACAGACGCCAACCUUUCGAGCUAUGAGCUCGCAUUCUGUGGAGGCAUGGCAGGCGUCGUGUCUAGAGUUGUUAUUGCACCUCUAGACGUCGUCAAAAUCCGAAUGCAAUUGCAAACACAUAGAACGCAUUUUCGAUUUCAUCAGAAUCGAAAGAGAAAUACAGCAAUCAAAUACAACAAGAUAACGCAGGCGUUACGAACUAUAUUAAAAGAAGAAGGAAUCAAGGGGCUCUACAAGGGAAAUAUGCCAGCCGAGUACCUCUAUCUAUCGUACAGUGCAGUGGAAUUUUGGGCGUAUAAAGAGCUGGAACAAAUCAUAGAAAAGAUUGAUGCCAAACGGACAUUGCCGCACACACUCAAGACAUUUGGAUGCGGUAUGAUCGCAGGUUGUGCUGCUACAGCAGCAACAUAUCCGUUUGAUUUAUUAAGAACGAGGUUUGCUGCUCGAACACCACAAAAGCAGAACACAAGUGUUGCACGAGCUAUGGCUGAUAUUUAUAAUAUGGAAGGUGCAGCUGGUUUCUACAGAGGAUUAUGGCCUGCCAUCAUUCAAAUUAUGCCGUAUAUGGGUCUGCUGUUCUCGAGCUAUGACAUUUUUGCAAAGGGGUUCAAGAGUCUACGGGAUCAGCAAAUACUAUCUGCAAGUUAUAAGCCGACACAUGACAUGAUAAGUGGAGCAUUAUCGGGAUUCAUUAGUAAAAUCGUGGUUUAUCCGUUUGAUCUCGUCAGAAAGCGACUGCAGAUGGAGGGAUCUCAUGCGACAUCAGCGAGAUUGCGGUCAUCUUGGUGGGGAUGUUUGACGAGCAUUGUUCGACAAGAAGGUGCUUUGAGUUUAUAUAAGGGUCUUGCGCCUUCGCUCUUGAAAGUAGCGCCAGCAAAUGCAGUUACUUUUAUGGUGUUUGAAGAAACAAAAGAUGUAUUAUUAUGGUUCAAAGAGCCAAAAGAUGACCCUUUAUAG